AUGUCGUACAAUAAUAAUAAUAAUAACAACCAGAAUAUUGAUCCAACCCAAAAUUUUAACAAUGAGGGUGGGUACCAAGAUCCUCAAAAUAAUCAAUAUUUCUACUAUCAACAACAACAACAACCGCCACCUCAACAACAAUACGAUGAAUAUGGCCAACCUGUCAACAUGAUGCCAAUGAAUAACGGUGGCUACUACGAGGAUUCUUAUAUGCAGGAUAUGAACCAGCCUCCUAAUAUGAUGAUGUCUCAAGAUAAUAUGGAAAACUUCUCAGAUUUCUCCUCCUAUGGUCCUCCACAACCGAAUAAUGGCUAUAUGAUGAAUGGUGGAGACCCACAACAACAGCAAUACACUCCUUCGCAAUUAAGUUACGGUGAUAACAUGAACACAGGCUCUUCUACUCCAUUGAUGUAUGAUCCUAAUGCCAUCGCCAUGGCUUUACCAAACGAUCCAUAUCCUGCAUGGACUGCGGAUCCACAAGCUCCUAUAAGUAUCGAGCAAAUUGAAGAUAUCUUCAUCGACUUGACCAACAGAUUUGGUUUCCAAAGAGACUCAAUGAGAAACAUGUUCGACCAUUUCAUGACUCUUUUAGACUCCCGUGCGUCUCGUAUGUCGCCAGACCAGGCUCUCUUGUCUCUACAUGCAGACUACAUCGGUGGUGAUACCGCAAACUAUAAAAAAUGGUAUUUCGCUGCUCAGUUGGAUCUCGAUGACGCAGUAGGGUUCAGAAAUAUGUCUGUUGGUGGUGGCGGUGGCAAAAAGAAAGGUUCUUGGAGAUCAAGACGUAAAGCUAAAAAGGCCGCCAAGAAGGCUAUGAAAGAAUCCGUGGAAAAUGGUGAUUCCCCAGAGAUCACUUUGGAGAAAAUUGAAGGUGACGAUUCUUUGGAAGCUGCUGAUUUCAGAUGGAAAGCUAAAAUGAACGUGCUAACCGCAUUUGAAAAGACUCGUCAUAUUGCUCUGUAUCUCUUAAUGUGGGGGGAGGCAAAUCAAGUCAGAUUCACACCAGAAUGUCUUUGUUUCAUCUUUAAAUGUGGGUUGGAUUAUUUAGAAUCCCCAUUAUGUCAACAGAGAACUGAACCAAUGCCAGAAGGUGAUUUCUUACAUAGAAUUAUUACUCCACUCUAUAAAUUUAUCAGAAAUCAAGUCUACGAAGUCCAAGAUGGUAGAUUUGUUAAACGUGAAAAAGAUCAUGCUGACGUUAUAGGUUACGAUGACGUUAACCAAUUGUUUUGGUAUCCAGAGGGGAUUGCUAAAAUUGUAUUAAAUGACGACGACUCUACCAAGUUGAUCGAUAUCCCUGUGGAAGAACGUUAUUUAAGACUGGGUGAUGUCGAAUGGAAAGAUGUCUUCUUCAAGACUUUCAAGGAAACACGUUCUUGGUUACAUUUGAUCACCAAUUUCAAUCGUAUUUGGAUCAUGCAUAUCUGUAUUUAUUGGAUGUAUGUGGCUUAUAAUGCUCCAACUUUCUACACUCAUAAUUAUCAACAAUUAGUUAAUAAUCAACCUUUAGCAGCUUAUAGAUGGGCUACUGCCGCUUUGGGUGGUACUGUGGCAUCACUAAUUCAAAUAUUAGCUACAAUCUUCGAAUGGAUGUUUGUUCCAAGAAAAUGGGCUGGCGCUCAACAUCUAUCACGUAGGUUUUGGUUCCUUGUGGGUAUACUUGCUUUGAAUUUAGGUCCAAUCAUCUUUAUCUUUGCUUAUGAUAAAGACACAGUUUAUUCUACUGCAGCCCAUGUUGUAGGUGCUGUCACGUUCUUCAUUGCUGUCGCUACUAUUAUCUUCUUUGCUGUUAUGCCAUUAGGUGGUCUUUUCACCUCUUAUAUGAAUAGCAAAUCAAGACGUUAUGUGGCUUCUCAAACAUUUACUGCAUCUUUUGCCCCAUUACAUGGUUUGGAUAGAUGGUUGUCUUAUUUUGUUUGGUUUACCAUUGGUGCCGCUAAAUACUCUGAAUCCUACUUCUUCUUAAUCCUAUCAUUAAAAGAUCCAAUUAGAAUCUUAUCAACUAUGACAAUGAGAUGUACAGGUGAAUAUUGGUGGGGGGCUAAGGUCUGUAGACCUCAAGCAAAAAUCACUUUGGGUUUAAUGAUUGCCACUGAUUUCAUUUUAUUCUUCCUUGAUACUUAUCUAUGGUAUAUUAUUGUUAACACAAUUUUCUCCAUUGGUAAAUCAUUCUACCUAGGUAUUUCUAUCUUAACUCCAUGGAGAAAUAUCUUCACUAGAUUACCAAAGAGAAUUUAUUCUAAGAUUUUGGCUACCACUGAUAUGGAAAUUAAAUAUAAACCAAAAGUUUUAAUUUCCCAAGUUUGGAAUGCUAUUGUUAUCUCAAUGUAUAGAGAACAUUUAUUAGCUAUAGACCACGUCCAAAGAUUAUUGUACCACCAAGUCCCAUCAGAAAUCGAAGGUAAGAGAACUUUAAGAGCUCCAACUUUCUUUGCAUCUCAAGAUGAUAAUAAUUUUGAAACAGAAUUUUUCCCCAAAGAUUCAGAGGCUGAACGUCGUAUUUCUUUCUUUGCUCAAUCCUUGGCUACUCCAAUACCUGAACCUCUACCUGUUGAUAACAUGCCAACUUUUACUGUUUUAACUCCUCACUAUGCUGAAAGGAUCCUGCUUUCUUUAAGAGAAAUUAUUCGUGAAGAUGACCAGUUCUCCAGAGUUACGUUGUUAGAAUAUUUGAAACAAUUACACCCUGUUGAAUGGGAUUGCUUUGUCAAGGAUACCAAGAUCUUAGCUGAAGAAACUGCUGCAUGUGAAAAUGAUGAAAAUGAUCCGGAGAAGUCUGAUGAAUUGAAGGCUCAAAUUGAUGAUUUACCAUUCUAUUGUAUCGGUUUUAAAUCUGCUGCCCCAGAAUACACUUUAAGAACCAGAAUUUGGGCUUCUUUAAGAUCACAAACCUUAUAUCGUACCGUUUCUGGUUUUAUGAAUUAUUCUAGAGCUAUUAAGUUAUUAUACCGUGUGGAAAAUCCAGAAAUUGUCCAAAUGUUUGGUGGUAAUGUUGAUGGUCUUGAAAGAGAACUAGAGAAAAUGGCAAGAAGGAAAUUCAAAUUUUUGGUUUCUAUGCAAAGAUUAGCCAAAUUCAAACCACACGAAUUGGAGAAUGCUGAGUUUUUAUUGAGAGCAUAUCCUGAUUUACAAAUUGCCUACUUAGAUGAAGAACCUCCAUUGAAUGAAGGUGAAGAUCCAAGAAUAUAUUCUGCUUUAAUUGAUGGUCAUUGUGAAAUUUUGGAAAACGGCCGUAGACGUCCUAAAUUUAGAGUCCAAUUAUCUGGUAAUCCAAUUUUAGGUGAUGGUAAAUCUGAUAAUCAAAACCAUGCUAUUAUCUUCCACAGAGGUGAAUAUAUCCAAUUGAUCGAUGCUAACCAAGAUAACUAUCUAGAAGAAUGUUUGAAGAUUAGAUCUGUCUUAGCUGAGUUCGAGGAAUUAAAUGUUGAACAAGUUAAUCCAUAUGCUCCAGAAUUGAAAUAUGAAGAACAAACAACUAAUCAUCCAGUUGCUAUUGUCGGUGCAAGAGAAUAUAUUUUCUCUGAAAAUUCUGGUGUCUUAGGUGAUGUCGCUGCGGGUAAGGAACAAACAUUCGGUACUCUUUUUGCUCGUACAUUAUCCCAAAUUGGUGGUAAAUUACAUUAUGGUCACCCGGAUUUCAUUAAUGGUACUUUCAUGAUUACCAGAGGUGGUGUUUCUAAGGCUCAAAAAGGUUUACAUUUGAACGAAGAUAUCUAUGCUGGUAUGAAUGCUUUACUUCGUGGUGGUCGUAUUAAGCACGUUGAAUAUUACCAAUGUGGUAAAGGUAGAGAUUUAGGUUUUGGUACAAUUUUGAAUUUCCAAACUAAGAUUGGUGCCGGUAUGGGUGAACAAAUGUUGUCCCGUGAAUACUACUACUUAGGUACUCAAUUACCACUAGAUCGUUUCUUAACUUUCUAUUACGCCCAUCCAGGUUUCCACUUAAACAAUUUUUUCAUUCAAAUUUCCAUCCAAAUGUUUAUGCUAACCUUGGUUAAUUUAAAUUCUUUAGCACAUGAAUCAAUUAUUUGUAUUUACAACAGAAACUUACCAAUCACUGAUGUCUUAUAUCCAAUUGGUUGCUAUAAUUUAGCUCCGGCUAUUGAUUGGGUCAGACGUUAUACUCUAUCCAUUUUCAUUGUGUUCUGGAUUGCUUUCAUCCCUAUGGUUAUUCAAGAAUUAAUUGAACGUGGUGUGUGGAAAGCGACCCAAAGAUUUGCACGUCAUAUGCUAUCAUUAUCCCCAAUGUUUGAAGUGUUUGCCGGUCAGAUUUAUUCUGCUGCUUUAGUCAGUGAUUUGACUGUUGGUGGUGCUCGUUAUAUCUCAACUGGUCGUGGUUUCGCAACAUCCCGUAUUCCAUUUUCGAUCUUAUAUUCGAGAUUUGCAGGAUCAGCUAUCUAUAUGGGUUCUAGAUCUAUGUUAAUGUUGUUAUUCGGUACAGUGGCACAUUGGCAAGCUGCAUUGUUAUGGUUCUGGGCUUCCUUAUCUGCUUUAAUGUUUUCCCCAUUUAUCUUCAAUCCACACCAGUUUGCAUGGGAAGACUUCUUUUUAGAUUACAGAGAUUUUAUUAGAUGGUUAUCUAGAGGUAACAGCAAAUACCAUAGAAACUCUUGGAUUGGUUAUGUUAGGAUGUCAAGAGCACGUAUUACUGGUUUUAAACGUAAACUAACUGGUGAUGAGUCUGAAAAGACUGCUGGUGAUGCAACCAGAGCUCAUAGAAGCAACUUAAUUGUAGCUGAAAUCAUUCCAUGCGCAAUUUAUGCUGGUGGUUGUUUUGUGGCAUUUACGUUUAUUAAUGCUCAAACUGGUGUCAAGAAUGGUCCUGAUGGUACUGUUAAUUCUGUCUUAAGAAUUAUUAUCUGUACUUUAGCUCCUAUUGCGGUUAACUUGGGGGUUUUGUUUUUCUGUAUGGGUAUGUCUAUGUGUUCUGGGCCAUUGUUUGGUUUAUGUUGUAAGAAAACUGGUGCUGUUAUGGCUGGUAUUGCACAUGGGGUGGCCGUAGUUGUUCAUAUUGUAUUCUUUAUUGUUAUGUGGGUUUUAGAAAGUUUCAAUUUUGCAAGAAUGUUGAUUGGUGUUAUUACUUGUAUACAGUGUCAAAGAUUAAUUUUCCAAGUUAUAACUAUCUGCUUAUUAACAAGAGAAUUCAAGAAUGAUUCUGCCAACACCGCCUUCUGGACAGGUAAAUGGUAUGGUAAAGGUUUAGGCUGGGCAGCAUGGUCUCAACCAUCGAGAGAAUUAACAGCCAAGGUUGUUGAAUUAUCUGAAUUUGCUGCAGAUUUUGUUUUAGGUCAUAUUAUUUUAAUUUGUCAUUUACCAUUGCUAUUGAUUCCACAAAUCGAUAGAUUCCACUCUGUUAUGUUAUUCUGGUUGAAACCAUCUCGUCAAAUUCGUCCACCAAUUUAUUCAUUAAAACAAGCUCGUUUACGUAAGCGUAUGGUAAGAAAAUAUGCUUCGCUAUACUUUUUAGUUUUGGUUAUUUUUGCCGUUUGUAUUAUCGCCCCAGCCGUUGCAUCCUCCCAUGUCCAUGAUCUUGGUAAGAGUUUGACUGGUGUGGCUCAUAAUUUAUUCCAGCCAAGAAAUGUAUCUAACAAUGAUACAGGUUUGGGUAUGUCUACUUACAAGAGUCACUACUUCACUACAACGAUAUCCAUGAAGACUUGGUCUACUAUCAAAUAA